UCACAAAUGUAAACUCAGCAAUUAACUCGCCUUUGCUCCAACCGAAUAACGUUUGAACGUCCAUACUAGACGAGACAGCUACUUAGUGUUAUACUUCCUAGAAGUUGACAGACCUGAGCAAAAACAUGGGUAGUAACGAAGCUAGCUAGCUUGCUGAUCCAGCCUACUGCUCCUCAGCCGGUCACGCAGAACCGAACUCCGUUUGCGUUAUCCAAACCCGGGUGUACCUAUGCUUGCUGACGGGAUGUUUGCAGUGAUAACGUUACAAAGUCCAGCGCUUUUUUAGUUAGACGGUAUCUUGUUACUGUCAGUGUGAUAAGUACAGACGAGGGUGGCUUAUAUUCGGGAUAGAUAACACCAACCUGACCAAACAAAGGACUGAAGGUUCAAACUAACAUCUCGUUGUAUGUUAAUGUAUUGUAGAAACAAGAUGUCACUGUUGUGACAAGGGCAGAGCGCAGCAUGGCGGCAGACGGGACAGCAUGCAACAGCCAAUAAGCAGACAGGACGGGGGCAGGGGGAGGCGGAGGGGGAAGGGGGGAGAGAGGAAGCCUGCCUCCCCCCCUGCCUCCCCCACCCCCCUGCCAGUGUUUCUGUUCCCCCACCAGCUUGUAUUCUACUCUGACCAGAGGAGCACCCAUAGGAGAGUUCUGACCCUCUACAACCCCUACGCCUUCCCCCUGGCCUUCAAGAUGAUGUGCACUGCUCCCUCUCUCUACUCAGUAGUGGAGGCAGAGGGGAGUGUGAGAGCCAAGUCCUGUGUUGACCUGGUGGUGCGCCAUCAGGAAGUAAGGUGCGUUAACCAGGGGAGACGGGACCGGUUCCGUCUGCAGGUGCGAGGAGGUGGGCGGACUGGCAGCAGGGAGGUGUGGGCGGAGCUACGGAGGGGAGAGGAGGGUGAGGACUCCCUCCAGAGGAGGACACUGCCCCCCCCCAGCCCUCGCCUGCACCCCCCCCUCCCCCCGCCCCCCACCUGCCUGCCUGGAUACCCUACAGUGCGUAGCCGGCAGCAGGGGCUGGUGCUGGGGGUGCUUGGGGUGGUGUGUGUCGCCCUCCUCCUGCUCCCCCUGCAACCACAACACAGCUCCUUGGUUCCCCCCUGCACCGUCUCCCUCACCCAGAAACUGGUCUGCGCAUACAUCCUGGGUCAGUGUUUGUGUGAUGUGUGUGUGUGUUUGUUUGUGUGGUGUGGUGUGUGUGUGUCAGUGACACCUUGUACCUACUCUGUUCCAGGUUUGCUGACGAUGGCGUUUCUACGGUGACGAUGGUGUUUCUAUGGUGACGAUGGUGUUUCUACGGUGACGACGGUGUUCCUAUGGUGGAACACAGAACUUUGUGUUGCGAUGAUGUCAGAGGGGGAAACUAGGUGUGCCUUCAUCUCAGCUGUCAUGUUGAGGACGCUGUCCCACAAUGCAACAGCUGUCCCACAAUGCAACAGGCAAUCCUGUCAGACUGAACAGCUCUGAGAAAGGAGGACCAUAACAAGAAACCACACACACACACACACACCACACACACCACACACACCACACACACCACACACACUACACACACCACACACACCACACACACCACACACACUACACACACCACACACACCACACACACCACACACACUACACACACCACACACACUACACACACUACACACACCACACACACCACACACACUACACACACCACACACACCACACACACUACACACACCACACACACCACACACACUACACACACCACACACACUACACACACCACACAGGCAGACACUCACACAUGGAUUUACUAUUCAUAUUCAGAUUAUAUUUAUAUUCAUAUAUGGACUUCAUGAACUUGAGUUUACUUUUUAACCAGUUUGCUGUAUGGACCAAUAAAAUCAUAACAAUUA